GAUUCUCCUGUAAACAUGCCCCAGGGUCUGUUGACCUUCAGGGAUGUGACUGUGGACAUCUCCCUGGAGGAGUGGAAAUGCCUGAACUCUGCUCAGAGGGCUUUGUACAUUGAUGUGAUGCUGGAGAAUUACAGCAACCUUGUAUUUGUGGAGAACUAUUGCAUAUGUGAUCCUGUCCAUCACCAUGUGAAUAAUGAAAAGAAGUCUUGUCAGUGUAAUGAGCUUGGUAAAGUGCUUCAUGACACCUCCACAUGUGCAUUCUAUAAAACAAGUGAAACUACAGAAAACUCUAGUAACUACAGAUGCAGUAAUCACAGAGAUGACUCCAUUGACUCAUCAAACCCAGAAAGACAUGACAGCAUGCACACUGGAGAAGAACCUUGCAAAUCUAAAGACUUUGAAAAAUCUUUAAAUUUGUGUCCCAGCAUUAAUAAAGAUCAGAGAUUCUCCAAUGCAAAGAAAGAGCUCAGGGAGGGAGAAUAUGAUUAUUUCGACUCCAUAUACAGUCUUUUGCAACAAAGAGUCUACGUUAAAGAGAAACCACACCAGUGUGAGAAAUGUGGGAAAUGCUUCAGUACUGCCUCAAGCCUCACGCUGCAUUACAGAAUCCAUACUGGUGAGAAGCCUUACAAAUGCGAGGUCUGUGACAAAUCAUUUAAUCAGUGCUCAAGUCUUAAAACACAUCAAAGACUUCAUACUGGGGAGAAACCUUACAAAUGCAAAGAAUGUGGAAAGUCAUUUCCUCAGAUGUCAGCAUUUCAUAGCCACCAGAAAACGCAUACAGGAGAGAAGCCUUACAAAUGUAAGGAAUGUGACAAAUCCUUUGCCCACUGUUCGAGUUUCAGGAGACAUCAGAAAAUCCAUGCUGCGAAGGAACACUAUCCGUGUCUUGAGUGUGGCAAGGUCUUUCAUCAGCUUUCACGUCUUAAAAACCAUUACAGAUUGCCCAGUGGAGAGAAGCCUUACAAAUGCAAUGAGUGUGCCAGAUCCUUUACCCACUAUUCAUCACUUAAAAGGCAACAGAGAAUUCAUUCUCUAGAUGGAUUAUACAGAUGUAAAGAAUGUGAUAAGUCCUUUAUCCAAUUAUCACAUCUUAAAAGGCAUCACAGAGUCCAUACUGGUGAGAAGCCUUACAAAUGUGAGGUUUCUGACAAAUCCUUUACCCAGGACUCAACUCUUAGAAUACAUCAGAGAGUUCAUACUGGAGAAAGACCUUACACACAGAAACCAUGGACAUGUAAAGAAUGCGGUAAGUCUUUUAAGUGGUUAUCUCACCUUAAAACCCAUCGCAGAAUCCAUACUGGAGAGAAACCUUACAAAUGUAAUGAAUGUGAUAAGGGCUUUUCUCGAUUAUCUAGACUUAAAAACCAUUCCAGAGUCCAUACUGGAGAGAAACCUUACAAAUGUGAGGAAUGUGGUAAGUGCUUUUCUCGGUUAUCUAGACUUAAAAACCAUUCCAGAGUCCAUACUGGAGAGAAACCUUACAAAUGUAAGGAAUGUGGCAAAGCCUUUACCCACUGCACAGCUCUUAGAAGACACCAUAAAAUUCAUGCUGAUGAAAAACCUUACAAGUGUGAGGAGUGCAGCAAAUGUUUUUAUGUGUUGUCACACCUUAAAAGCCACUGUAGAACCCAUAGUGGAGAGAAACCUUACAAAUGUAAGGAAUGUGGUAAGUGUUUUUCUCAGCUGUCAAAACUUAAAAACCAUAACAGAAUCCAUACUGGAGAGAAACCUUACAAAUGUAAGGAAUGUGGCAAAGCCUUUACCCACUGCACAGCUCUUAGUACACAUCAGAAAAUUCAUACUGGGAAGAAACCUUACUCAUGCAAAGACUGUGGUAAAUCCUUUUAUUUGUUGUCGAGACUUAAGGAACAUUAUAGAGUCCACACUGGAGAGAAACCAUACAAGUGCAAUGAAUGUGGUAAGUUCUUUCAUUGGUUGUCAAACCUUAAAAGACAUAUCAGAAUCCACACUGGAGAGAAGCCUUACAAAUGUGGAGAAUGUGACAAAUCAUUUAACCACUGCUCAAGUCUUAAAGCUCAUCAAAAAAUUCAUGCUGGGGUGAAAUCCUUUAAAUGUGAAGAGUGCGGCAAGUCCUUUUAUUGGUUGUCAAACCUUAAAACCCACUACAGAAUCCACACUGGAGAGAAACCUUACAAAUGUGACGAAUGUGACAAGUCCUUUUCCCAACGUUCUCUUCUUACAAGGCACAACAAGAUCCAUACUAGAAAAAAAUAUGAAUAUGAGAAACUUAUGAGUGAUUCAGAGCCACAGAGUUGGUCCUAGCCACACCCACUUAGCAUUAAAAAGAAGAAAGCACUCCUGGACAGAGAAUAAUUAUAGAUGUGCGUGCAGUAAAGACAGUAAAAUUCAGAUGAAAAAGAUGUCUAAAUGGGUCACAGUGUUGGAUAAAUGUACAUAGGCUUGAAAGAGAGGAAAAGAGUAUAGACAGUUAUAAUAUAAAAGAGUAUAGUCAUA